UUGUUAUUUUGUCAGUUUGCACUUCUUCUUCCAUCUGGACGAUUAUCUCCUCUUCCGAUCUCCAUCACUAAGCCGCUUGACUUCGACUUCAAAAUAUACCCCGUCGAAAAUUUAUUCGUCAUCGUAGUCCUAACUGUUCAUUGCAUUGAUUUGGCGCAUGCAAACGCAGCCAAACCUACUUGGCUGCCUUCUUCAUCUUCGGUCUCAGAAAGCCUAUUUGUUUCAUCGACUGAAUUCAGAGACAACGGACGCUUUUAUCUUCGUCGGCCUAGACUUCACCUUACGGUUCCUGCUAAAGUACCGACUCUACUUUCAUCUCUUCCAGACCUCAGCUCCUGCCAAAAGCCUGGAGUCAUUUUAUCAGCUUCAUCAUCUUCAUCUUCUUCAACGCUACCAGCCCUAGCAUUAGAGACAACUUCAUCAGCCGUAGCGCCAUCUUUACCCACGUUUGACAAAUUAACCGACCAAUUCGAGUCGAACUUGGGCAUCGGGGCCCACUCAAAGCCUGAUGAACUCAGUGAAAACCUUAUAAAACAGAACGCAUCUACAAAACUAAACACUGAUGCUUAUCCUAAAUUGGUAGGCCGGUUUAUCGACCCUAGGCUAAGCGAUCUGGUGAGAAUUCCCUAUUUAGACUAUCAGAGUUUUUCACCGCUUAUAUGCCCUUCUUAUGCACCAUCAAACUCGAUUCCAUCAUAA